AUGGGGCAAAAAGAAGAAAAAAGCGACUGUGGGCAGAGCUGCAGCAGCAGCGCCGGCUGCAGCAGCAGCAACUCCGGGGAGGCCUCCCAAGGGGGGCCCGACAUCUGGGGCCACCCGCAGCUCCCGGGGGGGCCCUCGCCUGGCCAACAGCAACAGCAACAGCAACAGCAACAGCAGCAGCAGCAGCAGCAGCAGCAGCAGCAGGAACAGCAGCGAGAAG